AUGGCAGCAUCGGCAUUCGCAGCCCCAGUAGCUGUUGAUUUCACCGUGGACAUGGUGAUCGACUACGCCAUGGGCCUGACCAGUGGAGAGCUGCCCGCGGUUUCUGGUGGUUGUUGCUGUAGGCAAGACCGUGACGACUGUGACAAGGCCAAAAACGAUGGCUGCGACGAUACCUUCGAUUUGAACAAUGAUGCUUCAAUGAGGGCGAAGAGGAGUGAACGGCUGGAGGCAGAGGAAGAUGCAGACAAAGUUGGUAUCUUUGAAGGAGAGCAUUCGGGUGGACCCACGGCCCUGGAGGUCCUGAGGGUACUGCUCGGUUUCCGGGAGCUAGACCUGUCGCCACUGCUGCACGAUGCCAGCAAAAUGGCGGAAAGAUGUGGAGCUCUGAUGGCACAGGGCUUGGAUCGCGUCUCGGGUGCUGUCCAGGAUCCCGUGAAAGAGCCCGUGGAGGGCGACACCCACAGGAUAAAUGCCAUGCCACUCCUGCGACUCGAAGACUUGGAGCGCUUCGUGCUGCAGACGACGGCGCCGGAGGACGAGGGGUACUUGGAAUGGUGCAGGCGAAUCGUGUCGCGCCGCAUCGCCGAGCGUCCAUUUUCGCAGGCUGGCCGAGAGGUUGCCCAUGCAGAAGCAGGUAGAGACGCAUGGAAGCCUGCCCUGGUGACGAGCUUCGACCUGAUCGCCAAGCUGCCUGUUCACACAUUGCGGUACGAGGACGGUGAGGAAGCAAAGCUGCUGCUCCAUCUCAGGGAAGUCGUUCUGCUGCCAAGCUCGGAGGAACCCCAGGAGACCAACCAGUGCGAGAACCGCCCGUCGGAGGAGUCUGCUGCACAGGACGACGCUUCGCUUCCGGAAGCCGGCAGGCUGUCAGAAGAGGCGAACGCGGAUGAAGGCCUCCAAGAUACCGAGACCAAUGCAGCGCGCCAGGCGGAUCCCACCGAAAAGGUUCACAAGCUGAUUGUGAGGAUGCCAAUGGUUCAGGCCGGUGACAUUCCCUUUGAUAUGGUUUGGGGCGACCUUCUGGAGUCCGGCGAAGCGCUCUUGCAAGCCAGUCCAGAUGGUACCUGGACGGCUCUCGGCUGGAAGGACAGGACAGAGAUGAAAGAGGCCUUCAGCCAAGGUCUGGAGGCGACCGGCGAGGGAACCUUGGCGCGCGGCAUGACGAGAGAGGAGGGCGUGCUGCUGUUGGAGCGCAUGGAUGAGCUCGCCGAUGCCAUGGAGGUCGUCGUGGACAGGAACGAUGUGCCCACAUCCAGGCAGAAGUCAAGCAAGCCGGCGCCCACCGCUGGGCCCAUCUGCCGCCGCGUGCAGCUCGACCUGCCUUGCGGAUCGACGGUUGGCGUCGCCGUCUGGGAGCAUGCAACUGGCUGCCUGGAUGUCGUCGACCAAACAGGCCGCUUUCUGCCGUCGGUGCCCUCCGAAAAGAUCGCUUCGGCGUCCCGACGAGCUCGCCACGCACCUGGGCGCUCCUUGCCGCUGGAGUUGUCGGUGCUGGGUUUGACAUCAGGCGUCGACACGAAGGCUUCGGGCGAAGCCAGCGGCAGUUUCGAGUGGCAGUUCGCUGGCGAUUCCGGCUGGUGCAACUUCGAGCCUGCGGCAUGCAGGCUGUUAGAAGCAGCCCAGCAGCGUGGCGAGGCCUUCAUGUCCUAG